AUGGCUUCUAAUCUUUCUGAUAUUCCAUCGAUGAAUGAUGAGAUUCUCAAUGAGAAGUUGAAGAUCGAGGUGGCUCAGGUCAUAGAGAUGGAAAAAACUUUGAAAAAUCUGGUUGAAAAAAGAGAUCUGGCCAAGUCGAAAGCUGACAAAGUGGAGGAAUUAAGGAGAAAGUAAUAAAGGGUAUUAUUAUAGGCCUGACUUUUAGAGAAAUGGGAGAUUCAAUGAUAACAACUUUGCUUGACCUGAUCGAAAGUGUGAGGAAAGUUGAAUUGGAGAUCGGUAAAACAAAGGAAAACUUGAAAGUGUUGGAGACAGAGGAUCCCCAUCAAGUUUCAAAAGAUUAUAAUUCAAAAUUGGAUACGAUUAGACGACGACUUUCAUCGACGAGAAAGGAAAGAGAGGCUAAAGAAGUAAUCUGCAAGCAACUACUGGUCGGAAAAGUUGCUAACAUAAAGAUGGAAAGGAAGGACAACCAAAAUGUUCAAUCAGAGGUCAUUGAUGGAACAUAA